GAGGGGGGGUAGGAAGUGACCGGAGCCUCCAAACUUAGUCUCAACUCAACUGUGAAUCAUUUGGGGGGAGAGUUGCGAGAGCGCCAAGGGCAAGAGACUGAAGCGAGUGUCAUAUCCUGCGAGGGGAUGAAUUUUGCGGUGGGUUUCAAGCCUUUGGCCGGAGACACCCAGACCAUGGACAACCUGGAGAAGCAGCUCAUCUGCCCCAUCUGCCUGGAGAUGUUCUCCAAACCUGUCGUGAUCCUGCCCUGCCAGCACAACCUGUGCCGAAAAUGUGCCAAUGAUAUAUUCCAGUCCUCUAAUCCUCUAUGGCAGUCCCGUGGUUCCAGCACAGUCUCCUCUGGGGGGCGAUUUCGCUGCCCUUCGUGCCGCCAUGAGGUGGUGCUGGACAGACACGGGGUGUACGGGCUUCAGAGGAACCUACUGGUGGAAAAUAUCAUUGACAUUUACAAACAAGAGUCGAGCAGGCCAUUGAACCCCAAAUCUGAGCAGCACCUCAUGUGUGAAGAGCACGAGGAUGAGAAGAUUAACAUCUACUGCCUGAGCUGCGAGGUCCCUACCUGCUCCAUGUGCAAAGUCUUUGGGGCCCACAAGGACUGUGAGGUGGCCCCUCUUUCCAGUGUCUACAAAAGUCAGAAGAGUGAGCUGAGUGACGGCAUUGCCAUGCUGGUGGGGGGAAAUGAUCGGAUCCAGGCAAUCAUCACUCAGAUGGAGGAGAUCUGCAAGAGCAUCGAGGAUAACAGCCGCCGCCAGAAGCAGCUCCUCAGCCAACGAUUCGACUCCCUCUACAACAUCCUGGAGGAGCGCAGGAAGGAACUGCUGCAAAUGGUUACCCGGCAACAGGAGGAGAAGCUGCAGUGUGUGCGGGGGCUCAUCCGCCAACAUGGGGACCACCUGGAGGUCACCUCCAAACUAGUCGAGUCCUCAAUUCAGUCCAUGGAGGAGCCACAAAUGGCAGCCUUCCUGCAGAACGCUAAGGAGCUGAUCAAGAAGAUCACAGACAUGUCCACAGUCUCCACCAUUGAGCGCCCUGAGCCUGGAUAUGAGAACAUGGACCAUUUCUCAGUGAAUGUGGAUUACGUCUCCGAGAUGCUCCGAACCAUCGAUUUCCAGUCAGGUUCCUCGGGGGAGGAGGAAGUGGUUGAAGCAGAAGAGACGGAGACUGCGGGGGAGGAGGAUCAGACAGAACCUACAGAAGGUCAUUGAUGUUCCAGUGUUUGUGUCACACGUCUCUCACACUCAUCCCUCCCUGUGGCACAAUAAAUGCCCCCCCCCCAUAGGUGCAGUGAGUGUGUCUGGGGGGCACAUGUGGGGGUUACACACUCCCCCGUCCUUCCAGUAUUAGGGAACUAGUGAUUAGGGGAGGCCCAUUGUUUCCUGCACCCCAAUAGUAAUAUUUAUUGCUGAGGUGAAUGUGGGACUAUUGGGGGCCCGUCCCUGUGCCAAGUAAUCACAUAUGGGCAGGACUGGCACCCCCCCCCCGGGCAUUGGGAAUGGUCACUUCUCUCACUGACACUUACACUUGCCCCCCCCCCCCCCACAAUUUCUCCUGCUACAACUUUUCUGCAAUCUGAUUGGUCGCUUUUUAUUCUCUUUGUACAUUUGACUCCAAAUAAAAUUUCCUUCUUCCCAAA